GACAUGUUUUCUCGAAUUCUCAUUUCUUUUUCUUCUUCUCAUUUCUAUUUAGUUAAAUGGCUCGCUUUUUCCUCGUGCCCUUUUGUUUUGGAUUUCAGGAUCAAAAUAUAAUUUGUUAUCGAUAAAUAUUUUCAAAAUAACAAUAUGGAUGAGGUUGAUAUCGAAAAUGUAGAAGAUCUAAACGAAUUGGAGGCACGACUCUAUUCACAAAUUCACCAUGAGCCUUCUGGUGAUUGUGAUUUAUCUGCAACCUAUGAGGAAGCUUUACUACCGGCUCCGAGGCAGGUCACCGCUACUAGUGUUAUAAACACAUCCAUUGAUAGAACACGAGGAAGAUAUUGGAAUGAAAAACAAAAUAUUCGCAACCGUAACCCUACUGCACUGGCAGUAAAAUCAAAGCCACUUCCAGACGCUGGCGAACAAGUGAACAAAGCAAAGCCCAGUGGUUCAGGUGGAAGCGGUGAAAUAAAAAAUAAACCGGUCGAAACGGGUGACAAGACGUUUCAGCCGCCAGUAAAAAACUUGUCAAAUUUGAGGGUCAAUCCAUUUGCUUCCGGGAAUGGCCCAAAAACAAAAGGAAGCUCAACGCAGCCACGAGGCAAAAAUGCUCCCCCAGAUCAGUUUAAAAGAUUAGACCUUAAAGCAACCAAUAAAGGAUUAUUUGGUAGACAGCAAAAUAAGUUGGCUAAUGCAUUGAAAUACGAUAAUAAAAAACAGAAAGCAAAAGCGGCUAAAGCUAAGAUGAAGAAAAAAGACGGAAUUCGAACUAUUGAACUAUUGUCGGAAUCUGAUACUGAUGAUGUCAUUGAAGUGCGAGUUCCUUCACCUAAAGUUGUAUCCCUCGACACUAGUUCUGAUGAAGAAAACGUUCAACCUAUAAAAGAAGAAUCUGAUAGUUUUGCUAAGCCUGAAGCGAUUUUGGCCAGAGAGAACUCUUCAAGGUGCACAAGUCCUUGUUCGGUAAUAUCUGAUGACUUUAUUGGGCACAAUGAUCGUUCACGUCUUCUCGAAGAAAGCGCCAGGGCAGACGAUGAAGAUUUGCUGAUGCUGGAAAAUGAUGUUGAUAGCUUAAUGGAAAGUCCAGAGAAGACCACAAGUAAAGGUGUCGAUUCGUUUGCUACGCCGUCACAAGGCAAAUCUGGAACAAAGUCUAACGACUAUAUAGUCACACAGAGUGAGUUCAGAGCAUUGGAUGUUUAUGAAAGUGAAUCUGACAUACAAGAGAGUGUCUACUGUAAAGGAUCAAAGAGAGCAAAGCCAUCGGUGGUUGUUAAUUUGGAACAUGAAAGUAGCUCUGAUGAGGUUCAAGAAAUCGAUAUUACCCAGAAGACGAAACGUCUUAGAAAACGGAGAUCAUCGAGCGCCAAUAAAGAUACUGAUACCUACAUUGACACAACGGAUUCAGAAGAAGAGAAAGAAGCUGAAGCCCAACGAGCUCUCGAAGUUCAACUAACCAAAGUCCCUCAUAUAGCAUUUGGCGAAGCAGUUGAAAACAUGAUUACUUCAGAAGCACUACAAAACAAACAGACGACGACGGUUAACACCUCUGACAAUGAAUUCAUUGCCAAUUUGAACACAUUAGCUCAGGGAGCAUCUUCAACUGUUCCAGCUCCAGUUCCGGCUCCAACUGAAAAUGAUAGUGACGAAGAGGAUAAUAUUACGGCACGUUCUAUAGCCGAAAGUGUUUUGAACAAAAAUCGAGCAGCUGAAAAAACAACCGGCAACACUACCACCACCAUCAACGCAACCGCAACCACAACAACUGCCAGUCCCGAACCAGUAAUCGAUGUUGAUGAAGAAGCUAACGAUGCUAUACCAGCCGAUAGUCUUUCAGAAUUAAAUCAGAUCUUCAAAAAAAUUGAUAAUAUGGAUAAAAGGAAACCUGAUGCCGUCGAAUCGGAUGAUUCAGAUGAGUCCGUUGAACUGGUUGCCCCUUUGCCAGUGUCAAGAGUUAAUAAACCAACUCAGUCACAGCGCAAAAUGAAGAUUCUACAAAAAUCCGAUGACCCGGUGUAUAAUAUCGUUUAUAGCGAGAACUCAAAAGUUAUAGGAGGUGGUGGCAUCGGCUGGAGUGAAGAGAUGCGAAAGUUUUACAAUGAUUCGUGGAAGGGCGAACGUUUUAGUGUCAAAGCUGUGUGUGCUCAAAUGAAACCUACAAAAACUCUUUGGAAGAUCUAUACGGACGACCGUUUCCCAAAGUACCGAAAAUAUUCACACCAGAAGUGUAUGAAUUGUUGUGAAUUCGGGCAUAUUCGUUCUAAAUGUCCGAAACCAAGGAAAGUUCCGGUGUGUUAUAUGUGUGGCGAGAAAGGACACAGUGAACCACGAUGUCCUAACACUAUAUGCUUAAGGUGCGGGAACAAGACUCGAAUGUAUACAAAAAGUUGUAAUGCCUGCAACUAUCAGAAUCGAUUGAUCUGUCCAAUUUGCAAAGUCCGAGGACAUACCUUGAAUUUAUGUCCUGACAAAUGGCGUCGCUAUCACUCUACUACAAAACCAAAUGAAUAUCCAAACAAUAAAGUCGAAUAUAAAAAUAAAAAGCUAUGCUGCAUUUGUGGACUUCGUGGCCACUUGGGUGAGCACUGUAGGAGUGCGAUCCAUUUCUCCGAGUAUCCUAUGUUCAUUAGCGAAAUAAGAUCCCAUCAGAAGUCUUAUGAUGACAUAUCAAUUAGAACAAUACGUUCGGGUAUAGGUUACAACUUGAUGUACAAGCCCGACGAAGACAUAAGUUUCGAGUUGGCAGAGAAUAAAACCCGACAGCAGUACUACGGUCGGUUCCUCUUGGCAGUGGGUAUGGGGUAUCUUCUUACAAGAAAACGUAAAAUCGAUGAUAAAGAAAAUGCCGAAGCUGAAGCAAAACAAAAAAAGGUUAAUUCCGGAUUGAAAGAGUACGUCGUAAAUCCAUUUGCCAAGGCAGCACUUGACAAGUCACCGGCAAAACAUUUGAGGGCAAUUGAAUCUACUAAACAACCAAUAAUUAAUCAUGAACCUGAUGAGGGUGCUUCAAAAGAACCAGCUGCCGUAAGCGAGUCUUUGAACGAUAAAAAAGAUGAAGAAGACACCUAUGCAAUAGAACCGAGUACCUCUAAAGGUAUCGGUCAGACUGCUCGGGACAAGGGUGUCGCCGAGAAAAUAAGCUCUUCUAAAGGAUCAGCCGAUAAAAGCAUAUCAAAUACUUCGACUUUUAAGACCCCGGAUACGACUUCACCUGGAACUACAUCCAAGAAAAGUACAGAAGUUCUAGAUGUUGUUGAUUCGGAUUCCAAUUAUAGUUUUUCAGAACAUUUCCAACCGAAUGAACACCAGGGUGACCCACCAAAUGCCCGCGAAAUGGAUCCUCUGCCUGACUUUAUCCCAAUAGUGGACGAUGAGGAUAUGGAAGACGAAGAAGAACCCGACGAAUUGACUACUGCAGGAAUAUCAAAGAAAUUCGUAUCUAUUGAAACUGAUGAAGAAGAAGGAAACACCAACCAAUUACCCGAUCUUCCUUGCGAGGCCAAAAUAUAUUUGACCACAUUUCACAGCAAGUUCCUACUUUCCCCAGAUGGUAAUCAAUUUUUAGUGGAAAAAUCGAAAGCAUUUGACAUCAAAGGUAGACUAGAAUGGACGUCUGUUGGCCAUAUUCUAAUAAUAUAUGGUCUUCGGUGUAAUCAGGACAAGUUCCAUAUAGAGUUGUUGCACAAGUUCCGAGAACUAUCAGAAAAAAUGAAUCGAAAUCAGUUGGAAAAAUCACAAAAAGUUCCCCGAAAAACAGAAGUUCUGAUAAGAUUUCUUCGAGAGAAUUUAAAUCAGUUGCUUAGUCCACUUGGCAAUCCGAAUGAACUUCUUAAGCGCUUGAAUUACCAGGAGAAACAACAAACUAAAACCGGCUGGAAGUCGGCAGAAAAGACAAGACGCUUGUUAAAUAUGAUUUUGAUUGGACAGGCAGGUCUACGUAAUGGGUCCAUACACCUGGAUCAUUUGCUUUCUCACUUGCGAAUUCUACUCGAUGAAAGUAAGGACGAGGCAGUGAGCAAUGAGGUACGUGACGAAAUAGAUUCACAUUGGAGGCUUAUCUUUUCAUCACACCGUCACGAGAAAUACCCCGAAUUAGUUGAGGCUUACAAUCAUUUGCAGGUAAAGAACAGAUUCCAAAACAUAAACAUCGAUCCUCGUUUGCUGGGCAAAAAGAUGCUCGAUACAAGCUUGACAAAAGCACAGAAAAAUAGAAUGGACAAGGCGGUAGAUGUGAAUACUUCAAUUGUUGCUUCUGGGUCGGACAAAACAUUAAGUCCCGGAAAACUUGUCCCCAACCCACUCUCCCUGAAAACUCCCAAAAAACCACCCAAAACACCUGUUUCCGAAAAGAAACGCCCUAAAAAUGUUCCUUCUAACUCAACACCGGCUAAACAACAAAAACCACCAAACAAUCAAAACCAGCCACAAACGACGAACACGACGAACCAGCAGGAACUUAGCCCAUCAUCGGUUGCUGGUAAAAUCCAGGCGGUUAAUGUUGAAUGGGAAGCAAAAUGUGUUAAUCUCUUGAGCGAAAUCGACGAAAAAACCCAAAAAGAGAUGAGAGGUCGACCUAAUGUUAGUAAUAGCAAAGAGAGUUCAAUGUUUUGGUCACGGGAAGCAUUGAAAUAUAUCGACGAGUGUAUGGAAUUGGGCAGAUCGAAUGUUGGUUUCUUGGAGAAGUUAUCGCGUGUUCAAAUCAAGUCACAGAAAGGUCUCUUAUCAUAUAAUGACUACCGAGCAAUUAUCAAGAUACACAAUGCUAUCAAAAUCAAACAUUGACCAAUAAGUCUUACAAAAUAAAUUUGUAUAAAAAUAAAGAAAGAACUUUUAUGUAUAAGAUCAGACACUGAGCUGUAAAACUAGCUUACAUUAUAAUAUAAAAAACAAAAUUCAUAUAAUUAUUCCUAUAA